UCCCAACCGAAAGAAGUCAACGCGCACACUCUUCGACUCUCGUAUUGCACACUCCCCACGCCGGUGGUGGACAAACACAAUGGGUCUCGCAGCGCCAAAAAUCCGCAACCGCAUCUCCAACGACCCCCAAAACACCACCUGGGCGAACAACACCUCCCGCUUCGGCCACCGCAUCCUAACCUCUCAAGGCUGGACCCCCGGCAGCACCCUCGGCGCAAAGGACGCUUCGCACGCCGCGCACUACACGGCCGCUUCGGCCUCGCACAUCCGCGUCCUGCUAAAGGAUGAUACGCUGGGUUUGGGCGCGAAGAGGGGGAGCGAGCGCGCGGAGAACUUUGGGCUUGCGGGGCUGGAGAGUAUACUGGGGAGAUUGAAUGGGAGGGUCGAGGAAGUGAAGAAGGAGGAGGAGAGGAGGGAGGAGGUGGAGAGGAGGGGGUGGGUGGCGAGACGGUAUGGGUAUAUGAAUUUCAUCAGUGGGGGAUUUUUGGUGGGGGAUAAGAUUGAGAAGGGGGUUAAGUUUGCGCCGGGAAGUGAGGCCAAGGUUGAAGUUAAAGAGGAUGUGGAGGAAGUGAAGGUCGAGAUCAAGGAGGAAGAGGCGGAGAGUGGUGCGGAGAAGAACUCGACUAAGAAGUCGAAGAAGCGGAAGAGAGAUGAGGACUCCAAAACGAAGAAGGAAAACGACGGCGAUGAGGCCGACGAACAGCGCAGUCUAAAGCGCAAGAAGAAGUCUGUCAAUCUGCGCGAUGAAGCCGCCGAACAAACAAAAUCAAAAUCAGAGUCCGACCGCAAAUCCAAGAAGGACAGGAAAGAAAAGGAGAAGAAGAAGUCUUCCUCUAAAAAGUCGUCAUCAGCAGAUACGCCUCUCUCCACAGCAUCCGAUCCCGGCUCCGAAAAGGCGAAACGGGAAGCGGAAAAGCGUGCCCGUAAGGAGGAGAAGAAACUCAAGAAGGCGUUGAAGAAGGCCGCGAAGGAGGCUAAGCGGUCAAAAAGUGAAGCUGAAUCUUCGUCCUCGGAGGAAGAGGACGAGAAGGAAUCGGCGACCACGACUACUGCCACUGCCUCAGGUACACCUACCACGGGCACCUCGACACCUGUCGGAGGUAUGUUUGGCUCCGGGGCGAGACAUGCGGUGCGCGCGAGGUAUAUCCGGCAGAAGAAGAUGGCGUCGAUGGAUCCGCAGGCGUUGAAGGAGAUCUUCAUGAUCAAGACUCCUGCGUGACAGGCGUAGUCUUUCCUCAUUUCAAUUUGCAUAGCGAGGCGUUUCCAGCAAGGGGUAUCUUCUCCCCUUUCGAUUUCUUUUUUCUCCUCCUCAUCAUCUAUAUCCCAUUGCCGAGGUCACACGAGGGUUGAUGCCUCACAGAUGGCAGUCAGAGCUCAGAGUACAUCAUGGAUGAAUCCAAUAUACUCCGUCACAAGUACCACUCAGCCCUCAAAUUGGGUGACACAGGAUCUCGAUCAAGUACUAACAUU